AUGACGCUACCCAUUGUCGCCAGCCUAGUCGAGCAGUAUGAGACGAUCAAGGAGCAGUUCGUGGUGAUGCAACAAGCCUUGGCACCGCUCAACCUUACCAAAUGGCAGAUUGCGCGACUCCUCGCGGCGCAGCUCUACCGUGAUACUCCCCGCUCGCUCGGUGUUCCGAAGCUCACGCCGUCGAACGGGAAGCACGCUUUCGAUUACAAGCCGAUGCUGGAUGAGGCAGCCAGAAAAUAUCCCGAUCGGCCUUGGUUCUUUGGCUACUCUGGGUUCGAGCUCGUCGUGUUCCCGUCCGCCUACGUCAACGAGAUUCGACGGCUUCCGGCGAGAACCGCCUCCCUAGUUGAUUUUCUCACCACGGUUCAGUUUGGAGGCUACCGUCUCAUCGGCACGGACGACUCGAGCAAUACGCUCCACAAAACGGCUAGCACUGACUUGGCGAGGAGCAUUGCACCCUUGGGCCCGGCUCGACAGGAGACUGCGCGACGUGCGCCAUAUGCAGUGGGAAUCAAUCUAGGGGACUGCCCUCAGUGGAAAAAGGUAUCUUUAUUCUGGACAGUCUUGGACGUCGUCGUUGCCACGGGUGCGACAGGCCUCGUCGGUGAACCCCUGAGUCGCGACAAACGGUGGCUGAAUGCUGUUCGGCUCCUCCCCAUAGGAGCAGGAAUCGGCGUCUACAUUAGCUGCCAGUUUCCACGGCUCUUGCGGCCCAUCGCCGCCACCAUCUCCUAUUUCCCAGCGCUCGUGGUGUACAAGUACAUGAGCUACUUGCUACGGCCAACAAUCGAGCAAGCCGCGCGAGAAUACCAUGACUUACCAAACGGCAAGGAUAGUCCUGACAAGAAACUCACGCUGGUACACAUGCUUUUGGGUCGAUACAAGCAGGGUGAGUUCAACCAUGACCAGCUUGUCAAGGACGUCAUCACGGCCACGUUUGAAUCGACGCCAACCACCGCGGUGAGUCUCUACUGGAUGCUCACGGAGCUCCUGCAGCGGCCGGAUCUGGUCGAAGAGCUUCGGGAAGAGAUUACCGGGGUUUUGAAGGAUGGGAAGCUGCCAGCAACGCAACUUACCGAGCUCCCAAAGCUGGAUAGUUUCAUGCGCGAGUCGGCGCGAGUCAACACCUUCCACUACCUCGGCCUGAGCCGGAUCCUCAAGGAGGACGUACAGUUCUCGAUCGGGCCUAAGCUCCCAAAGGGCACGAUCGUCUGUGUGGACCAGCAUCACAUUCAUAAUUCUACGUCCCUAUACCCCGACCCAGAAGUGUUCGAGCCCCAGCGCUUUCUUCGCCUGAGAGAGAAGCCCGGCCAUGAGACACGACAUCAGUAUACGAGCAAUAGCCCCGAGCUUCUCACCUGGGGUGACGGGCCCCAGGUAUGCCCGGGACGUGUCUUUGCCGGCAACACGAUCAAGAUUCUGCUUUCCCACCUCCUGUUGAACUACGAUAUACAGUACCCAUUGGGAACCCAAAAGCCUCCGAGGCUUUCUUUCCCCAACGGCUCCGUUCAGCCGGAUAUGAAGGUGCAAAUUUUGGUGCGCGAGAGACAGCGCUAA